AUGGGGGCACGGGGGCAGUUUGGGGGGGCCCAGGCAGUUUGGGGGACUGGGGCACUGACUCCCCUCUCUCGCCCGCCAGCCCCUGAGCUCCUGGAGCAGAAGCCGUACGGGAAAGCCGUGGAUUCCUGGGCGCUGGGCAUCAUCUCCUACAUCCUGCUGUGUGGUUACCCCCCCUUCUACGAUGACAACGACUCCGAACUCUUCGCCCAGAUCCUCAAAGGGGAGUUCGAGUUUGACUCACCCUAUUGGGAUGACAUCUCGGACUCGGCCAAGGAUUUCAUCCAGCAGCUGCUGCAGCGGGACCCCGAGAAGCGCUACACGUGCGACCAGGCCCUGCAGCACCCGUGGAUCGCGGGGGACACGGCCCUGGACAAAAACAUUCACGGCUCCGUCAGAGAACAGAUCCAGAAAAACUUCGCCAGGACUCAGUGGAAGCGAGCUUUCAAUGCCACGUCCUUCCUGCGCCACAUCACCAAGCUGGGGCAGGGCCCCGAGGCCGACGAGCUGGAGGAGGAGGCUCCAGGGGGGCAGAGCGGGGACUGGUGACUCCCGAGGUGAGAACAGGG